AUGGCAUCAACAGGCGACACCCAACUCUUCGACGAGAACUUCACCAUCACCGCCGUCGACCACUCCAAAUACGACCGCGUAUGCCGUCUCUCCGCCGUCAGCGGCGACAACGCAACAACGAUGAAGCUGGACAUCAAUCUGCAGCUGUAUCCCUGUUCCGUGGGGGAGAACAUGCGCGUGGUGCUGGCGACGAGUCUGGCGCUGGAUGGAAGUAAAGAUGAUGGACGGGGAUGGAGGGAUGUUGCGCGGAGCGAUGCAGAGCCCACGAUGGCGGAUAUGUUUGAUUAUGUUUGUCAUGGGAAGAUCUAUAAGUUUGAAGAUGGGUCGGCGGAUGGGGAUACUAUGUGAGGUUUUUCUUGGUUCUCUUCGUGGUUUUGUGGAGGGAUGGGGAGGGUGGUCUUUGUUGAGUGUGGAUGUGUGAUUUGAGAUCUUGUGCUAACGUGACAUAUAGUAAGGCAUACAUUUCAUUCGGUGGAUUGUUAAUGGCACUUGAGGGACCCUACAAGAAACUCACCCCAUUAAGAGUCGACUACGUCUAUCUUCUCUGUAAGAAAUAG